GAAAACUUUAUAUAUUAUACAACGUAAACUGGUAAUCCAAAUCCUAUGUUAACAACUUUUAAGGCUGAUUUACAAAACGAUUACCAUCUUAAAGGUAGGUAAUAAGAACAGAUAAGUACAGCUCAAAGCUUUUUUAAGUUAAUAAAUUGAUAAAAUUUACUCUAUCAUAAGAGUGUUUAGUGCUUACUCUUAGUUAAUAAUUAUUAGAACACAACAAAACAAAAGAAGACAAAAACUUUCAGCUACUUAACUCUUCUUGCUUCUUAUCUUCACUCCUCGCCAAACCCUAAAUCAUGGGUGAAGGAGAAGCAAAAGCAGAGCAAGCAACCAAAGCAGAUCACAAGCAUGCUCACUCCGCUUCUUCAACGCCGGAAUCUUACUCCAAAGACGGCGACCGACGAGGCGGCGGAGACGCUUACCGCGCAUUCUGCGGCGCCAUUUUUUCCAUCCUCGUCUUACUAGGAAUCAUCGCUUUAAUACUCUGGCUCGUCUACCGUCCCCACAAGCCACGUCUCACCGUCGUCGGAGCAGCCAUAUACGACCUCAACUUCACGGCUCCGCCGUUAAUCUCAACCUCCGUUCAGUUCUCCGUCUUGGCCCGAAACCCAAACAGGAGAGUCUCUAUUCAUUACGACAAGCUGUCCAUGUACGUUACCUACAAAGAUCAGAUCAUAACGCCGCCGCUUCCACUUCCACCGCUUCGGCUAGGACAUAAAUCUACGGUGGUGAUAGCUCCGGUGCUGGGCGGCGCCGGGAUACCGGUUUCGCCGGAAGUGGCUAACGGGUUGAAGAGUGAUGAAGCUUACGGUCUUGUUUCAAUGAGAGUGGUGGUUAUAGGGAGGCUACGUUGGAAAGCUGGUGCGAUUAUGACUGGGAGGUAUGGAUUCUAUGCAACGUGUGAUGUGUGGAUGAGAUUUAAUCGAUCUUCUAAUGGUCAAGUUCCUCUUCUCGCUCCUCCAACUUGUACAGUUGAUGUCUAGUUUUUAUUUUAUUUUGUAAUGUGUUCUUUUUUUACCUUUGUGUUAAGAAAAUAGUUUUAUUGUAAUUGUGUAAACUUUUCGCUUAUCUUGAGAAUAAAUCCAGAGCCACAAGCCAGAU